AUUAUUCUCUGUCAAAGUUUCAUAUGAUCCGCGAUCACGUACACGCGCAUAUUCUGAGGAAAGUGCGGACCAAGCAGUGCUGUUGCUAGUACUUGUAACGUGAAACAAUUGUGAUUCGCGAUAAAAUCAAAUUUAAGCGUCGAGAUGGCCGAAGCUGAAGUGGAUCGUUUCUUAGCCGAUCAGAGGCACAAAUGCGAUCAGUUGUUCGAAGGUAUGUCCGUGUUUGGCGACAUGAUGUCGGUGACCACCGGAAUCAGCUUGUUCGGGGACAACGUCACUAAUGAGGAUCGAUUGGAGAAGUAUCGCGGCGUCGCCAAGACUAGCGUUGACGACGGCAACGGAACAGAAAUUCGUCAAUGCCCGCCGACCUUCGACGGUCUACUCUGCUGGCCGCGCACCGACGCGCCGGGAACAGCCACAUUGCCCUGUCCACCGGCUUCAAUAAUGGGAUACACCGACCUCGCGAGCGACAAUCUCAGAGCGCUCGCAGUGGCCAGCAAGGUCUGCCUGGCGAACGGCGAGUGGUAUCAGAACUCGGACGGCGUCGCCUGGAGCAACUACAGCCUGUGCGUGCUGAACAGCACGCGUUACAUCAUCGACAAAAAUCUGAAUUAUACGCGGUGGUACGAAACGCCGGCGGAAUUCGCGCUGCUAAAUAAAUGGUUGCCGAUUAUCAGGAUGGUAUCGCAUAUCGGAUAUGUGACUUCGUUUACCACCCUAAUCGUUGCCAUGGUGGUUUUUUCCUUACUCAGGAAACUCAGGAAUCCCAGAAAUAGAUUACACAUGCAUCUGUUUGCGUCCUUUAUCAUGAGAGCUUUUAUGGCACUCCUCAAGGAUUGGAGUUUUAUAGACGGCAUCGGAUUGGCCUGGGACGUCGUCUUCGUCGACGGACAGAGCGCUUUUAUCAGGGAGCGCAAUACUUGGGUCUGCAAAGUCAUCACGAGUCUGUGGCAAUAUUUCAUCGUGGCAAACUAUUCGUGGAUCCUGAUGGAAGGGAUGUAUUUGCACAAUCUGGUUUUCUUCGCACUGUGUACCGACACCAGCACAAUAGCUCUGUACAUUGUGCUAGGCUGGGGUCUUCCCGCCUUGGUAGUGGUGCCAUGGAUUAUAAUACGGGCGACUAUCGAGGACACUCUCUGCUGGACCACUAAUGAAGAUUCCUCAUUGUUUCUCAUCAUAAGAAUACCAAUUAUCACAUCUAUUUUGUUUAAUUUUCUACUGUUUCUGAAUAUCGUUCGCGUCUUGCUUGUGAAGCUGAAGACGUCGGUAUAUCUGCAACGGAAGAAGAUGAAAUACAAGAGAUGGGCAAAGUCGACUCUGGUUUUAGUACCACUCUUCGGAAUACACUAUACCUUUUUCUUGGGAUUAUCUUAUCACAAAGGGGUAGAACUCGUUUGGCUAUUUUGCGAUCAGCUGUUCGCGUCCUUCCAGGGCGCCUUCGUGGCUUUUCUUUAUUGUCUGCUGAACGGCGAAGUCAGGGCGGAAAUGCGACGAGCGUGGAAGGCCCGACAAUCAAAGAGGGAGGUCGAUUCCUUCACCUCCGGGCACACAAGAAAUUCGAGGGACGGAAUCAAUCGAAAACGGCAUCGAUCGGAGGGCGAUGAUGGCACCAAUCUCGCGAUUGCAACCAUGAAAAAGUUGACGUUGAAAGGCAUCUAGUAGAGAGCUGUCAAGUGAAUGUUCAAUCAGCUGUCUCAACAUCGAAUGUAUUUUAUUUACAUACAUGUAAUCCGUCUAAAUAUCUAAAAAAUACCAAGAUAUUGAUUGAAAAAGUAAUAGCAAAUGUUUGAGAAUAAUGAAAUUAUAAAAGGGCGAAGCGUUUUUUUAUAUUUAGAGGAAGUAUCUCUUUAAUGUAAACAUAUAAACCUUAUUGUAAUUUUUCUUUCUAUAAAUACGCUAUAUUAGGCUUGUG